AUGAGCGUGCAAGCCAUACUGCGCACGCAGCAGGCGCUCAGCGUCUUGGCCGCCCUCAUGCUGACGGCGCACUGGUUCCCGAAGCAAGCGGUCGUCGUCAAUUAUGAAGAGUUUGACUUCAUCAUCGUGGGCGCAGGGUCGGCCGGCAGCGUCGUCGCCGACCGGCUGUCCGAGUGCGCCGCCCGCCGCGUGCUGGUGAUCGACGCGGGAGGCGACCCGCCGCUCGAGUCCAUGACGCCGGCACUUUUCUCCUACUUACCAGAUACAAAGUAUGAUUGGAACUUCACUUCCGAAAAUGAUAACUACACAUCGCAGUCUCACUCGAUCAAGGCGCUGAAUCUGACGAGUGGCCGAGUGCUGGGCGGCGGCAGCAGCCUCAACUACUUGAUGUACGUGCGCGGUUGCGCCGGGGACUACGACUCCUGGGCGCGAGCCGUGCGAGACGACUCAUGGAGCUACCGAAAUAUUCUCGCUUACUUUAUAAAAAGCGAGAGGCUCGAAGAUCCAGACAUCCUGAGCUCUCCUGACUGUGUUUUUCACGGCACUGAUGGUUUUUUAGGGGUGACCAGAGAAAAUAGAAAGGAGACGUACACAUAUUUAGAUGCCUUUAAGGAGGCAGGGCAUGACAUUGUAUUCGACGUGAACGGUAGAAAGAGCAUAGGUUACACCUUACCACUUCUCACAGUUGCCAACGGAAUAAGACAAACGACAGCGUACACUAAUCUAGGAGUGAACAAAGAUAGAGAAAAUCUGCACAUCCUUAAAAAUACCCUUGUCAGUAAAAUUUUGUUUGAUGAAAAUAAUAACGCAAUCGGAGUGACGGCAAUAACGGCUGAUAACAGAAAACUAACUCUCUUAGCCAACAAGGAAGUUAUAAUAUCUGCCGGAGCACUCAACACUCCCAAGCUUCUCAUGCUCUCUGGUAUUGGACCAAAGGAACAUUUAGAGUCUAUGAAAAUAAAAGUAAGAAGUGAUCUCCCAGUCGGUAUGAACUUGCAAGAUCAUGUUAAUAUCAUAGUGUCCAUAAAAAUGGAGGCAUCCAGCGCACCACCGGUACCACAGAAUCCUAAUCAAUUCCCAAUUCCUUUUGUGGUGGGCUAUGUGGCCAUCAAUAAGUCUCGCUCUUGCGCUGAGUACCAAGUUUUCAACUUUAUAACUCCCAAUGACUCCGAAUCACCAUCCGACCUAUGCGAAUUUAAUUACGGAUAUGAGCAAUCUAUCUGCCGGCAUAUUCUUGAAGCAGGUAAAGGUAGAAAUACUUUGUUCGUAAAUUUAAAUCAUCUUCAUCCGAAAUCCAGAGGACGAGUGACAUUACGGAGUAACAAUCCGCAGGACUCUCCGAUUGUGAAUUUGGGAACUCUGUCUGACGACAGAGACUUAGACGAUUUGGCGGACUACUUGUACGAUUACGUUCAGGUUGUUAACACAACAUAUUUCAGAAAUGUCAAUGCAGAAAUAGUGGAUUUAAAUAUUCCCAGAUGCAAGGGUUUGCAGUUCGCCAGCAGGCCAUACUGGCGAUGCUACGCGCUGUACAUGACGACCACCAUGUUCCACUACGCCGGCACGAGCGCAAUGGGCUCCGUGGUGGACGGCCGCCUGCGAGUGCUCCGCGUGCAGCGCCUGCGCGUGGCGGACAACAGCGUCAUGCCCACGCUCAUCAGCGGGAACACUAACGCUGCUGCGCUCAUGAUCGGCGAAAAGGCCUCGGACAUGAUAAAGCGGGACCACCCACAGACGGGGCCUCAGCACGCGUACUACGCCCAAUAUUACAGGCGCUUUGAUUAG